AUGGAAUCCCGCGUUCAGAUUGAACUGGAACGGUCUACUGACUGUGCCAGUUCCCAAUGGCACACUAGGCAUGACGAAAGCCGUUACGACCGAUACGAGGACCGCUUUCUAGAAUGUCUCAGUUCUGCUGCCCAGGAUAUGGACUAUGUCUACUCCUGUAAUCCUGGUCCUCGUGCUCACGGGAUGCAUUGUAAGCAAUCGACGUACAAUCCGAAACUCUGUUAAGGUCAGCUUUGUUUUAUAAUAUCCAUCUUUUCUCGAUACCCUUUCCCCUUGUAUUUCAUGGGAAGGGGGGUCGAGACGAGGGGACCGAGAUGGAUCACGGCUGGCUCUAACUCUGGCACUCCAUGGUCAAGAACGAACGAAAUCAACGGUGGUUUCCGGAUGUGACGUUUUGCUAUCCAAGAGUCGGAAGCUUUGAGGUCACAGUGGUCAAGGGGAAACAAAGGGUAUUCAGUCUUGUAUUUUAUGGCCUUAAUGUUGUUGUGAAAAUUUCAGUUUGAAGUUGAACGAACCGUAUAUAUCCUGAAUCUCAGAUCCCAGUCCUCUGCUACAAGCGCACUCUAGAUGAUAGUUGCUCUAGUUGAAUUUCCAAAGUGAAUCCCCUACAACCAACAUACUAGAUACCAGUCUUCUCCAAGCUCACCCUCCGCAAAUGGCCUCAUCCCGAGUGGCUAGCGAAGAAGGUUGUUGAAACUGUAGAGACGAAACUAUCUGGCGGAUGGACACCGUUUGUUGAGAGCUCUAGUUCCGGUGCCACCGAGAAUGCUGGAGCAUCGUUUGGAGGCAAAGAUUAAGGCUUCCCCUAAUCCAUCUCUGUAGAGAUGAGACAGAUCCCGCAACAGAAGUAUGCGUCCCAAUACAAGCUACAAGGGAGCCAGUAUGCGAGGCAAAUUCUUGCGGGAUCCCUACACAGGGAUGAAUUGGGGGAAGCUCUAAGAAGACAACCCUCGCAAAUAUGCCACAGCCAAACUUACAGACGAAGCAUUGCGCAAGCAAAUCAAGAAGAAGUUCUCGACUAUCAUCGGAGCCUUCAGGGCGUUUGAUAAAAACGGGGAUGGCUGCAUCAGUCGUGCGGAGUUUACUCGAGGUUUGAGGAGUAGUGUUAUGGCCUUGAAAGCAUAACUAUUUUGCAUCUGUUCUUGAACAAAAGUGAAGUCUGACUUUUGGUUUUUUGUAUGUUGGCACAGUGUUCCAUAUAUAAUUACCGUAGACUACCUAAGUCGGUACUUAGGUCACACUUUGCUUUUAAUAUCGCGUUGAUUUUCUCCCUUCUUGUUCCCACACCAACUUCUCUAAGCCCCGCCUCGACCUUCCCCAAGACCAGGUUGACAAGCUGUGGGCUAUGGCUGACGAAGAUGGUACAGGAAACUUGCAAUAUCAAGAAUUCGCGAGGAAAUUCUCGACCUACAAAGCGUCGCAUUCUUUACACCGACAUGCGGAUUUCCGAAAGGAUGGCGGAAGAGAUGAAAAAUUAGUGCAGAGCUUGCAUGGAGUUGGUAAUAAAUUCAAUGAAAUUGUUACGUGUAGCUCGUACACUUUCUUGUUCAUGCUCGUGCUCCACCAGGAUUGAUGCCUGUCAAUGCAGAAAAAUGAGACUGCUAUCAUUUUUUGCACGUUUCGCUGCAUCCAUCAUCAUCUAUUAAUUUCACUCCCAUCAAAAACAGACGCCGCCUGCCGUGUCCAGCGUCGCACGUCGAUUCGCGAUAGUGAGGCUUCUCUCGAAUGGGGCGUUGACGAAUCCCAAUUAGCGGACAAACCUGAGGAAGUUCUUAGACGUCUCACUGAACACGAAGCACCUUCGAUUCCGCAAAUUUCCAGAGAUGCUGAGCAAAUGUCCCUUCCGUUAAGGCUACCGCAGUUGCAUCCUCCACAGCAUCCCUUUGAUUGUGUGCCUCCCUUUCUUUAAAGUAGGAACAAAGGGCCAGGGUGCGUGGAUCGAAGGAUAUCAAUGUGGUACGUGGCGCAUCUAAUCCUAGCUGAGCAGAUGAGCAUGGACCAGAUCCGUGCCAAGAUCUACAAGAAACACGGCAAUUCACUGCUGAAUGGGUUUAGGCAUUUCGAUAUCGACGGUAGUGGGACCAUUGACUUCGAAGAAUUUGUCAAGUACUUACCGCGAGUCUUGGGUGAAUCGAUUACGGAAACGAAAUUGGCGACCUUGUGGCGAUCGUUUGAUCCGGAUUUGAGUGGGGAAAUCGAUAUGCGUGAAUUCGUGUCGGAUAGGUGUAUGGAAGGUAAUCAUUUUGUGGUGGUAAACUGCCUGAUUGACAUUGACUAGGAGUAGGAGUACUAUGUGUAGAAAAAAAAGGAGAAGGCUUCUUGUUCCUUCUUCCAAACCACAACUUUUCACAGCUCAAAGUUGAACAUUCUUAUCACAUCAACAUUUGCUCAACUACAGCAACCGUUAUUCUUUUAGGUACCCACCUCCAGACCUUCCAGGGUCUCCAGACGUUCAAGGGCAACGCUGUUGAUCCAACCCUUGCUGCUGUGUCUAGCGCCAAACCAACGACCGGUGGUCCACCUAAGAGUUCUUCAACACAACUUCUGAACAAUGUAAAUGUACGACAAUCAGAAGUCACUGCCUCCAAGCGCCCUCCUGCUGCAGCAACUAGCGCAGAAGUACCCUCCACCAACGCUAGCACAAUCCUCGGAGGUGGAGAGAACACGACGUCUUCAGCAUCAGAAACUGAAGUGAUGGUAGUCCCUAGAACCGCUUCCAAACCGAGAGUGGAGUACACUAAAGCGAGACAAGGCACUAGUCCAAGUGAGUCAUCAUCGACUGGAGGCGAAUUGAGCGGCGCGUCGCCUCUAGAAUCACAAAGUGAGUUGGAGCAUACGGUAGUGAGGCAGGUUCCGGUGUUGAUUUCGUGAGCUAGGUUCCGGUGUUGAUUUUGUGAAGAGAUAGAAGUUAUAUAUACAAACUAAAAGCAAACAGGAGCAGGCUAUUUUCCGCAGUAGGUGCUACAGUUUGAAACUACGAGUGAUGUUGAUGUCAUUUUCGAACCCAUUCUUCUACACAUGCGUUUACGUUUCCACUUAGACCCAGAAAUAAGCAUAAAAUGAACAAACUUGCUUAAUCUUGAACUCUUCACUGAACUUCUUCGAUUUUGAACUGCGAACUCUUUUGUGAUGUUGAAAUAUGUUAGCAUGAAUGAUCGAUUAGAACUACAACUACACAGAGCUGGUACGCUCGUGGGAGUACUAUAGCUAUAAGAGAAGACUGUUGCAGAGUCUGACCACUAAAGCGAUUUUUUGAUAAGGGCUGAUGGAAAGAUUAUGCACAGGAAGAAUGAACUAACACUGCACUAGACACUACUUCGAACUUAAUAGUUUGUGAUAAUUCUAGUCCAUUUCUAUAUCCAUGCUGAUUCAACCAAUGUGAAUGUUCAUGACAUUAUGAUUGUCUACAAGAAACGGUACAACAAGAAGAUCUAGUAAGCAUCAAUUUUGCAAUAAGUACACUUCAAUAAUAAAUUUGACAACGAACAAAGAGUAUGCAAGUAUUGCAAUGAACUUGAAAAUGAGCUUGACCACGAACUUGUAGGAUUUUAGUUGAACUGUUUUUGGUUCUGUCCACGUGUGAAUGUGAAGGAAAAUCCUUAU